UGGGUUUGUACGUAUUUGUAUAGACCAGAAAAGAAAGUUUUGGGGGGGCCAGAGCAGCCCUCGGUGUCUCCAUGACUGCCUAUCCUCCUACAUUGAAUUGCUCUGCAGAAUGUCCAAAUUUAAUUUCCACCAAUCAUUAACUAAUUAAAAACACCACCAAACCUGCCAAACCCCAGCUCAGCCACCAAUUCCAUCUCCGCCGUUAACUCCCCCGUGGGACGGUCACGAUCUCCCUCCCCUCUCCCCAUAAACCUACACACACUCGGCUUACGGCUUUACGCACAUCCAUCCAUACAUAAAUACAUUUCCCUGCCUGUCGCCGGCCGACCUACCUCAGGCGUAACGCCAAACCGCUUCUCUUCUCCAUCUUCUGCUCUAUAAUAACUUAUGUUGUCCGUUUAUCCCAAUCCGCCAACAGGCCAGGACUCGUAUUACUGUUUCUCCGGCGAUCCGAUGAAACCCGCCGCCCUUCCCGGCUUCCAUCCCGAUCAUCCGGCCACCGUCUCCAAUCAGUUUGAUGUUCGUGACGCUGAGGUUUCGCUCCCGGAUGACCCGAACAGGAAGGUGCGCAAGCCUUAUACCAUCACCAAGUCCAGAGAGAGCUGGACUGAGCAGGAGCAUGACAAGUUUCUAGAAGCCCUCACUCUCUUCGACCGUGACUGGAAAAAGAUUGAAGCUUUUGUUGGGUCAAAGACAGUUAUCCAGAUACGUAGUCAUGCGCAGAAGUACUUUCUGAAGGUCCAAAAAAGUGGGGCAAGUGAACAUGUACCUCCCCCACGUCCAAAGCGAAAAGCAUCUCGCCCAUACCCUCAAAAGGCUCCAAAAACUGGACCACCAUCCACUCUAGGUGAACCUGCAUAUGUAACUAGGCCUGAUCCUUUGUGUGUGCCUGCUAGCUCAUUAGGAAGUGCAGCUUUAUCUCCUUGGAGUUACAGUAGUGUGCCUGGUUUUUGUACAUCACCCGUGACAAAAGAUGACAUACAGUUACUGGGUGCAAGCUGUAGUAACGAAAGCACUCCCAGAGUUUUGACUACUAACGAAACAUGUAGUCAAGAAAAAGAGAAACAAAGCAAGGAAAACAGAGUAUUGCCAGAUUUUGCCCAAGUUUACAGUUACAUAGGCAGUAUAUUUGAUCCAAACUCAAGUGAUCACAUGCAAAGAUUGAAACAGAUGGACUCCAUAAAUAUUGAGACGGCGGUGAUGUUGAUGAAGAAUCUUUCUAUCAAUUUAGUAAGCCCAGAGUUUGAAGAUGUUGACGAUAGUGCAAGAAAAGCAGUGAAAUAAUUGCAGCUGCAGCUAUCCUCGGCUCUCUACUGAUGGGGAAAUAGGUUUGGGUACUUCCAUUAUCUUCUUUCCCGUUUUUUAGUGCUUGGUACUUUGGUCAAUAUGCAUCCAGACAAUAUACAUGUGGGAGCGACCAAGCAUUUUGGAGGUUUUGGGUGUCUGCUUAGAAUCGAUGCUUUUCUGUACAUACAUACAUGUGGAAACAGAGUUUUUGGUCCUGGAGUUUGGAUAAAAGUUAUUUAAAUCAAUUUGUACAGGGGGCUGUUAUAUUACUCAAUGAAACGGUUUUAUAGUUUUGUAUAAUAUCCUUUAUAAUUGUUAUUACCAAUUACAUGUCAAAUUUGACUUUGCACAUGAUACGUAGUAUUGUAUUUUGCACCCAUUUUUUGAAAAAUAGUCAAGUGCAUACCACUCCCGUUGAAAAUGUAAUUUGUGAAGUGAUGGGACGUAAAGUCGAUUAAUUUGUAAUAUUUCGGGAUGCACAUGGGGGUGGGGCUGUUUUUUGCUCCUGACAUUUAAUUAUAAGAGCCCGGGACUAGGACUCGCACUCCGAUUCUAGGCUGAUUCCUGACUUUACCAACGAGACUCUGCCUUCUUUACACCUACUCUUGUUGGGACUUGGGACUACUUGCUCACACCACUCUCAGCGGAGCCACUAUCAUAUAGUUAAGGGGUAUUGUUUUUCAAUAAUUUAUUUAAAUGAAUUCUCGAUUGAAUUUUGAGCUGAAAUUGUAUGAACAUAAUCUACACUUCAUGAACAACAUGUUCACACAAUUUCAACAAAAACUUCUAUCGAGCACAUGAAAUGGGCUUGACCUCACAGGCCUCUCACCAAGUCCUAACUGAGGUGAACAUGACUCUUUAUACAUACAUAUGUAUUAGUGUAAUUUAGAUUUGUAUCUUCGGGACAUCCACCCACACCUUCUUGAACAUCCAACAAUAACUUAUAAAAUUAUAUUUAUAUAAACCAAAAAGAACGAAUGAAAAGGUUGCAAUUUCCAAACUCCACGUCUACCUCAAUGUGGAAAUGAUUUCCAAAAAGCAUUGUAUACACUGGUUGUCUUCGGAAAAUGGUUGAUGAGCCUAUUUUUGGAUUGUUUGACCAAAAUGGACUUCUUUGACUCUUCAAAGUUCAAACAUUCAAUAUUAUUGUUUGGUAAUAAGAUGCUCUCAUUAGUUGAUGGGAAUCAAAAUGCCGAAAAUAAAAAUGCCGGAAAGGGCAACGUUUUGGUUUAGCUUAUCUUAUAAACUCUUCGAUAUCCUUUAAUACGUUUCAUUUGCUCUGGAGUCAUUCAAGACUCAUGCCGUAUUUCUGUCUUCAUUACUGAAGAAUGAAGAAUGUGAAUUUCUUUCAUCUCAAUUACUGAAGACUCAUAACCAACACAGAAGGUUUUCAUCCAGUCGUCCUAUUAAUCUUCUUUCAUAGGUAUAAAUAACAUAUUCAUUUAAGUUUCUUUAAUUUUGGAUAAACAUCUUAAACUAACCUCAUCAUUUUCAGUUUGAUAUGUCUACAUCUUAUAUAGCAUUAAAAAAAACUUUCUAAUAAGAAGUUACUGCAGUUAUGAGUUUUCAGUUUGAUUAAUUGUUGAUAGUAUGAGCGUUUGUGGUUUUGUUUGUAUGCAUAAGGAUAAAGCAUAUGCAGGACUGCAAAUUGUAUAGCUAUAGGAAAUAUGAUUUGCAUUUUGCAAUCACUCAAGGAAUGCACAGAAUGUGUUUGUGAAUUUGCCUUGCUAAAAUCUAUUC